AUGAAAUGGGACGAGGCCAGGGAUUCCUGCAAGAACAAAGGAGGCUUUCUAGCUCUUGUAAAAAAUGACGAAACCCAACAUUUUCUCAGAGACAAUUUAGUGAUCGGUGAAGGACUCUGGAUCGGUGGAAAGGCAGGCAGACAUUGGAAGUGGAGUAGUGAUAGUUCAGCAUGCUCGGGGAAAUAUUUGAAUACACACAUCCACCGGGUUCUGUACCGUGGAGACUGUUACCAAUUCUUUGAUGACAGCUCUAAAUGGGAUGUUGGGAGGACUUAUUGCGAAGACAUGGGUGGAUACCUGGCUGAAAUCCUGGAUAGGAGCGCCCAAGAUUUCAUAUCGGACGAGGUGAGGAUAGUUUUCGGAGAUGGCAAGCAGUGGUGGAUAGGCGGACAUGAGGAUAGUCCGGAAGAGCCACGAUCAUGGUUCUGGGUAGACAGUUUGCCGUCUUGUGGAGAUCCCGGUGAGCCGCUUCACGGAUCGAGGACCCCUUCUGACACCUCAACCUUUCUAGAUGGAGCCACCAUAGAGUACCAGUGUUACCUGGGGUACGAGGUCAAAGGUAGCACAUCCGCUACGUGCAUGCUGAACGGCAGAUGGGAUACAGAAAGACCCGUAUGUAAAGCCGUCAUGUGUCCAAAUAACACCUCUGAAGUGGACAAUGUUGCCAAUGUGACCGUUACAUCAGAGGAGUAUCGAGGAGUAGCUGUCUAUACCUGCUCACCGGGAUACCUCCCCGAUGCUUCCCCUGUCAGUUACUGCCAGGCCGAUGGGACAUGGAGCAAUCCGAAUUUUACAUGCAUGUCUCUCCCACCUUGCUACGUGGAACCCUGCUAUAAUGGAGCGACCUGCUCUAAUCAUAACAGUACCUUUACAUGUGAAUGCGCCGGUGGAUUCACCGGCUUGCGGUGUGAUACGGCUAUGACAACACCACCUACAGAGCCAGAGACUAACCCCUUGAGUACGUCUUCUAAACCUGAUACUGUGUCUUUUACUUCUCCUUCAACUGCAGCAGGUAAAUAUCAAAUCGGGACCUGUUCCUGA